AUCGCUCCGUCUCUUUAAAACGAAAUAAACCAAUUUUGUUGUUUCUUCGUUCCUCCGCCUCUCGUCAUUUCCCUCCAGAAUCGCAGCACCGUCCGCCGAUGCGCCGCACGCUAGGGAAGGUGCCUCCGGCGAGCGAUCCUAUGGCGCAACCGCCCUUCGGUAAUGUCGACACAUGCUCAUUGGCGUCGAACUUGGAGUUGGAAGCCCCCGCCACGCCCACGACGUGGUACGAGACCCUCUCUUGCUUGGCCCACCCUACCGCGGUCGCGGAGAGCUCGUCUACGGAGGAGUGUGUUUGUUCGUUGGAGCGGCCUGUCCGCAUCUACGCUGACGGGAUCUACGACUUGUUCCACUUCGGCCACGCUCGAGCCCUCGAACAGGCAAAGAAAAUAUUUCCAAACACCUAUUUACUAGUUGGAUGCUGCAAUGAUGAAAUUACUCUUAAAUACAAAGGAAAAACUGUCAUGACUGAAGCUGAGCGUUAUGAAUCACUCCGUCACUGCAAGUGGGUAGACGAAGUGAUACCAGAUGCUCCAUGGGUCCUUAACCAAGAAUUCAUAGACAAGCACAACAUAGACUUUGUAGCUCACGACUCCCUUCCAUAUGCAGAUGCAAGUGGAGCUGGCAAAGAUGUCUAUGAGUUUGUCAAAGCUAUUGGGAAGUUUAAAGAAACAAAGCGAACAGAUGGCAUUUCCACAUCAGAUUUAAUAAUGAGGAUUUUGAAAGAUUACAAUGAAUAUGUGAUGCGUAAUUUAGCCCGUGGGUAUACAAGGAAGGAUCUUGGAGUGAGUUAUGUGAAGGAGAAGCAACUGAGAGUGAACAUGGGAAUAACUAAACUGCGGGAAAAAGUCAAGGAACAUCAAGAAAAGUUGCACACGGUAGCAAAGUCAGCAGGAGUCCAACCCAAUGACUGGGUGGAGAAUGCAGACAGAUGGAUUGCAGGAUUCCUUGAGAAAUUUGAGGAGGGCUGCCACAUUAUGGAAAUUGCCAUCAAAGACCGGAUUCAGGAGGGACUCAAGAGGCAGCAUAGCAAGUCCAGUGCCGACCUCCAAGACCCAGAGCUCUUGUGAGAUGUUUACCAGUUAACUCGAUGCUCUUCGCCAUUCUAACAUUAUGUGUAUUCCCCUUACUAAAUUUGGAGAGAAUUGUUCUUAUCCUUUCCAUUCUAUUUUCUGUUGUGUUUGCUCUUACUGCUAAGCAGUAGGAUGGCCUUUUCUUUAUUCAAAUUACCCUUAUCAGCAAAUAUCUUAUACGUGUAAUUAUUUUAAUUGAACUUCGGCCUGGUGCUGGACUGUUACAA